CCUGGUCACACUCAAGAACACGUACUUCAUUAUUCUGGGAGAGAGCAUCGGUUAAAACUUGGAUAACACGAUGACCCCGCCGCCCAAGUGACUGAGCAGGUAGCCAAGUGACCCUGGAACACAGUGGGUUAUGUUCGCUUGUGUACACUGCGAAGGGGAUUCUUCGAAGAAGCAACAGGAGCGGAUUGCGAGUGGAAGGCCGAACCCGCAGGUGGACAAACCGCCCCUGGAAACUGCACCAACAUGAUCGAGGUGCUGUGCCUGCUGAUGGGCAGGAUUCUGCUGCUCCUGAUCGGUGGUUACGAGUUGAUUUGGCGGUUUCGAGAGCGCCUCAAUGCACUGGUGGCCAGGUGGUCAUAUGAUUAUUGGCUUAGCCCAACGGCACGUGAUCUUCACGAGCGACGCGUGCUCGCUGACUGCCGCUCCCAGUUGACGAAGACGCCACAGCAUCUCGUCCUGGUCAUCUCACCCAUGGACACCGGCGUGGAUGCAGUGCUCCUGCGAAGGAUCUUUAACUAUGCCCUGGAUGUGGGCAUCAAGCAUGUCAGUUUGUUCGACAGGCGCUCAAAAGACAAAGGCUAUGUGGAUUUGGCUGAUCUCUGCGAGAAUCAAGGCAGCUCCUUUAAGUGGUCAAAAACUCCUACUCCGAAUAGUCCCAGCAAAGUGGAGACUUCCCCCAAAAACGGACAAAAGACAAAUGGUUAUGUGAACGGGGCAAACGGCUCACAUUCCACACAACUGCAGCUCUAUCAAAUCAGCGCCGCCGAUGGCCAUGCCCUGAUCGCCGAUGUCUGCCGGGAGUUGUACGAGAAAAGGGAGACGCCAAUGGUGCAAAAUCUACUCCAGCAAAAGCGCGAGGCGCUCACGGAGCAGAUCACCGAAAUGCUGGACAAGCGACUCGGUUUCGUGGCCCCGGAACCGGAGUUGGGCAUCAUUUUUGCCCGGCAAACCUGCACCUACGGCCUGCUGCCCUGGCAUGUGCGCUUCACCGAGUUCCACACGCAUCCCAGUGGACGCCACUUUGACGUGGAAACGUUCGCCAACAUCCUGUCCAAGUACUCGCGAUGCGAACAACGAUGGGGAACGUAGAUGGCCCUGUUUUUUUGAGUGGGAAACGAAACCCUUAUAUUAACUAGUUACCUUAACUAUACAUAUGUAAAUUAUCGCCAGGAAUUCCUCUAGUUCGUAAGAAUAAACCACAAAAGUGUAUUGUUCGUAAA